AUGGCUGGCCUACCACCCCAGCAAGUACCAGACGUUUUUGAGCCAAAGCCUGCCUUUCGGAAUGGCAUGGCUAUUGGCCUUCAAGCAGGUGCCAUUGGCGCGUUUAUCAGCGCUGUACAAAACGCCUUAGGCCAACACUCGGCUGGCGCCGCUGGUUUCCUCACCCGAACCGGAGGCACUAUUGGCACGUUUGCUGCAAUGGGUGCCGCGUUUGCCAUUACGGAAGCUACCGUGGCUAAUCAACGCGAGAAGGAGGAUGCUGUGAACGGCCUUGCAGGAGGUUGUGCUGCAGGUUUCCUCGCUGGUCUACGCACACGCUCACUACCAAUUGCACUCGGCUCAUGCGCUGUGGUCGGAGCGGCCAUGGGUACGUUCGACUACGCAGGGGAACUCGCUGGACGCUCAAAAGAGGAGAAGGAGGAAAAGCGACGCAAGUUCUUCAAGCCUGUGCCACAACCCACCUCGGCCGUGGAGUAA